UUCGCGUAAAGUGUUGAGUUAAAGUUAAGUUUAUUGAUUUUCGCUUUUCAUAUUUUUGAGCUUCAAAAAAAAUUUAUUUCCCGACGACGACAACGAAGAACACAAAGGGUAAAUAAAAAGACAGCGACUUGCAGAGACUUUUUUUCUUCAUCCUUCGCAUCUUCUUCUCAUAUUAUUCGAGUCUCGAGUAAUAGAAAAUAAAUCAGAUUUCUUUGUAUGAAGGAGCAAGAAAAAAGCGACAUAAAAGAUGAUUUAUUACGAUGAGAGACAUGCUGUACACCAAGAAGGGUGCCUGUCCUUGAGCUGUAGUGGCAAAUUUAUUGCCUUUAUUGAGCUAUUGUUUUAUGUUUUCACAUUUUUCUCACUUAAAAAUUAUCUUAAUUUGGAACAAGCAGUAAUUCUCACACUGAUUCUCACAAUCUUAUCAAUGAUGGCUCUGGCAUUGUUUGUUGGUUCAAGUUUACACGACCGAAUGUACAUCUUGCCCUGGAUGUGGACUAAAUAUUCACUUGUCUUUCUUCAAAUAAUACGAUUUAUUUAUCUCGUGAUUGAACUUGCUGGAACUGAGAAAAAUCCUGCGGGAAUUUCGCCUAUUUUUGAGUUGCUGUUUUUAGGCUACAACGUCUUCGCACUUAGCAUAAUACUUGAACUUAUUGAGGAAAUUGAGCCGUAUACAUUUAAGAGAUUUCAGUACUUGAGGGUAUAAGACACGCAUACACGCAAACAGUUCUGCUGUACAUCCCUCCGCUCCAUAUCUUCAUGCUAAUGUAUCAUCGUGCUAGUACAAGGAUAUUCCCAUGUCUUAAGACACAAGGAAGGAAAUACAUCAAGUAAAAAAAAUUCAGUUCACUGAUAACGUAAUGUUCACUCACUUCCAUUACAUGAAUUUAAGAGGUGCUUAAAAAUUAGGUCAUAAGGAAGGAAAUUGGCAAGACUUGCAAUGUAAUACGCAGAAAAAAAUUUACAUUUUAAUAUCAAUGAAUGAAAUUUAUUUUGAUUACAUUUUUUCUCUCCCUGCUCUUCCUCCUGCCCUCGUACCUCGCUGCAUUAAAUUUAAUAUUUUUGCAAUUCAAAUUUUCAUUUUAUUUUCUUGUUUUCCUUGUGCCGCGUUCCUGCUUUCCAUUCUCAUUUAUAUUUGAGUGAUUGCAUUAUAAAUUAUAUUGUGUGAAAUGGAAAUUAUAUCAUCAAUCUAGCGAACAUCAUAUCAUUUUUUUCUGUUAUUUCAUUUGAGGAUGUAUUGUAGAUAUUUUGUUGUGAG